AUGAAGAGUCUGUCGUUACUACUGCUGCUUGCUAUUGGACAAGCACUCGUAUGCCAGGCGUCACCGGCCUACCAGGUUCUAGAAACGGAGGAUGAGGAUGGUGUGAGAAGUGCAAAGGAGGUGGAUGAGGAGCUGGAGAGUUUCAAUGAUGACGAUGGGGAGGAGCUGAAGACAGAGGCAGUGAAAAAGAUUCUGGCCCCUGUGAGGUGGAGACCUAUCCCACGCGGCCCGGAGCAAGCCUCAAAUGAUGGUGACACUUUAAAACUCUACCAAAUUAUCCGCCAAGUGAGUGGUCAGCCCUCGAACUUUUGUGAUUCUAUUCGCUAUGUCGUUGGCGGCUUUACAGCUUACAACUCUGUCAGGGUCGAUCACUGGUGUGAACUCUUUGAACAGCCCCUAAAUUUCGAUGAGCAACCUAUUGCGGCGUCCGACUCCUCCGCAGCGCAGUUUCAACCCUCUCCAGCGUACGCAGUGUCGCGCUACCCCCCUUCCAAAGACCAAGUUGCGGAUGCAAUGCAAAAGCCGCAUAACAACAAGAUGUGCGGAGAGGACGGUAUUUCUGCAGAAAUCUUCAACUUUUGUGCCGACGCAUUUGCUUAA